AAUAGGUUUUUGAUAUGGUAUUUGUCGAUACCAGAGGACGAGACGUAUAACAGCCGAAGUCCGUGCGCUAUACCUAUGCUAAAGACAAAGGGGGCGAUUGGAGUGUCAUUUUGCAUAUUUGGCACUUCAUUUCUAUUCAUAAACUCUCACUUUCCGGCCCACGAAAGCCAAUGUGAGCGCAGAGUCGAAGAAUACGAGAAGAUUAUUACGAGUAUUAAUUUACCCAAAGAUUGUUCUCUACUCAAAAGCCGAUACAUAACGAAUGAUGUUUCGGGACGUUUCGAUUGUGUCUUUUGGUUCGGAGACCUCAACUUCAGACUCGAUUCAAAGCGUGAAGAUGUUUGCCAUUACUUGUCAUCUGUAGAGUGCGAUGAGAUGUACGACAAUCUGCUUGAAUUCGAUCAAUUGACUCAAUCUAUGGCCAAAUCGACACUCUUUAGGGGCUUCACAGAGGCGUCUCAAGUGAUGUUUGCUCCGACCUAUAAGUUUGAGCUCAAUUCAGAUCAAUACGAGACUGUAUUAAAAAGAGUUCCCUCUUUUACCGAUCGUAUACUCUAUAGAACUAAACGUUUGGGACAUAUAAUUAAUUACCAGUACAAAAGUGUGCCAACAUUUCAAACAUCUGAUCACAAGCCUGUAUUCGCUCUGUUUGAGGCUCAGAUAAGACAUGGCAGAGAUGACAUACCCCUCAAUCUGGGAUUAUUUAAUAGAGAGGUGUAUAUUGAAGGUCUGAGGCGACGAGCAGUAGAAGCCGGACGCAAAAUGUGCGAAAAUCACGAUUGUGUGGUCGCAUAA